AGUCGAGGAAUUUGCAGUGUAGGAUCGGCGGGUGUGGAGGAGGUCGCUUCAGUAGCCUUGAGCCCCAGGGAACAACGAGCCCUCCGACGGAAGGAGAAGUCCCGACUUGCUGCAAAAAUGCGACGAAAUCAGGAGAGCAACAUCCUCUUCUGUCUGCUUAGAGCACUGCCAGUCUCGCUGCCUGACACCGCCGGGUCGGAGGGCAGCAUAAAGACCGCUCCGUCUGGACUAAAUUUGGAGAAAUCUGGCGUCAUUCGAAUGGCCGGACAGACCCUCUUCCUUUACAAUUCGCUUUCCCGAGUCUUAGGAACGAAAGCAGUGCCAUUUAUCAGUCUCCUCAGCAAAUCUCUCUACGGCCUCCUCGUUCAUCCGACGGACUCCACGGUGGUCUAUGCAACACCACCGUUGGCAGAGGCUAUCAACUGGCCCUGGAUCAAUCUCAUUGGAGUGAAAUUGGAGAGUCUGACAGACGAAGGAAAACUGCCGGAGAGAGCUGGUGAGACGGUGAAUCUACGCGUUCUUGAGCAGACAAAUUCACCCACAAAGAGCUCCGUCCACAAUCGUCCAUCCACACCUCUGCGUUCACCCUCUUACUCUCCGACCUCCACUCUCUCCACCUCCACCUCAGGAGGGGACCAAACUUCACCCCUCUGGUCCCCGCACCUCUAUAGAAGCAGUAAGAAUGGAACGUCUGGAACGUUUACUGGAACACACUUCACGACCAUUUCAGGUGGCAAUAAGGCAGUUCCUUACCUUAGGCAGUCUCAAUUUGUCAUUGAAGGUGAUGGUGAUUCAAAGUGGAGUGAGAGUGGUGGAGAGCUUUGA